UUCCCAUUUCUUGGCCUAUGACUAUGAGGCUGAGCUUCGGCUACCUGCGUAGCGGUUGGAACACUCCCCUUCUCCACUCUCGGUUCCCCUGUCGCUGAGGCCAGCGCCGCCGAGCACGCUCUCUUCGGCAGCGUCGGAGGAGGAGCGACCGGGACAGGCAGGUAACCCCUUCCACCGCUGCCGCGACACCUGCGAGGCUUCCGCUCCCCUCUGGAGUGGACUGGAGGAGGUACAUUCGGGCUGCCUGAUUUCUUCUCGUUGAAUAGGCAUGUUGCUUGAAUGGAAGGCCUUCGCUUCCUGUUCCGCCGGUGCUAUUCAUCUGUUCAUCAUAGUGCUGUUGACACUUGAGUACAUGCAUGUACCAGCCACUGCUAUUGUUGCUGUUCCAAGUUCUAAUUGUUAUACCUUUGACAAUGAUAACCACCUUGUGGACUUUACAUACUUGGUUGGGCAGAAUUUCGAAUAUAAUGAAGAGGGCUCGGUACCUUCCGAUUUGGUUGUCCAGUUAUGCAAAGAUGUGCAGAGAAGAUCUCAAGCGGGUUACAUUAGCUUUGGCCGCUUUAUCAGUUCUCACUCUUUUCUAACUGGUUCAGAGCCUAUUGACUACAUUCAGAGGUUCCACAAUGGAGAUUUAGUGAACUGCGAAACUACCUUUAAAAAGAUGGGCCGCACUGCACAGGUAAAUAUCAUAUGUGGACAAUGCUCAAAUAAAGUAUGCAAAGAUGAGCAUGGAUGCAUUUGCAGUGUAUCUUAUGAUGAAAGGAUGUGCAGGGUGGUUGCUGAACUUGCUAUUCCUUGUGCACAAAGUGGUCCAAGAGUAUUUAAGGGUUUCACAGUGGGCUUCCAUCCCCGAUCAUCAGAAGUGGUUUACAAUGGAUUGACUCAGCUGGGAUUUGAACAACUCCAUCAUGAAUUUAGCUUCCAAAGUGAGCAGAUUCACACAUCUUUAUACCUUAGUGCCAUGUCUUCCCUCUCAGGGCUUGUUGGAAAACCUACCUUCAAGGUUAAUCCGCUGAAAGGGCUUGAUGUUAUGCUUACAGGAUCUGGGGCGAAUGGUGCCAUGCCUACUACCCUGUCUCCUACAGUUCUGACUGUGAAUUGGAGAUGUGAAAUCAUUCGAAGCAGUCCUUAUGAGGUCAAUGUUUCAAUCCCAGUGUCAGGCUAUGAUCCAAUAGAAUUCACACUGACCAAAAAAUGUGAUUACACACAAGAAAGAGAGAGUGUUCCUAUGAGAGGAUGGGCGACAUUUGGAAUUAUUUCUUGCAUAUUCAUUGUCAUGUCCAGUCUACUUUGUUGUGGGGGAUUCAUCUACAAAACUCGUGUGGAGCAUCAGUAUGGUCUAGAUGCACUUCCUGGGAUGACUAUCAUGUCUGCCUUUCUGGAUGCUGUUGGAAGGCCAAGAGGAUACUUGCAGGCAGGUGAUCCUAACGGAAAUCAUGCAAGCCAAGCAUCAUGGGUAAACACUUCUGGUCCCACACCUGCAGCACAGAGGACAAAUGAUAGGCGAUAUGGGACAAUAUGAGCUAUGCUUAGUUUUGGGAAUUUUCUCCUGUAGGUUUGCAUUCUGUAAUCAACUAGAGAUUAUUUAAAGUAAUUUAUAUAUAAUGUUGUCUGACAUCAGCUCUCCAA